CAUCGACGAGAAAGAAGACGAACAGUAUGAGGGGUAUCGCGCUCUCAGGCAUAUACAGGCGCUCGAGCAGCAAACUUGGAUCGCCUGGAGCAGCAUUCUCGACGAUUGCAGCUCGGCAGCAACAGCAGCAGCAGCAAGUGAACUACGGUGCUGACCCGAAGCCGCAGCCGAACCCGGCAGCCAAGCCGCUCGAUAUCGAUGCGCAGCGCCGGGAUCAGCAGCAGCAGCAGCCGCAAGUUGAUGGUCAGGCCAAAACCAUCGGUGAUGCUCUCGAGGAGGCUGCUGCUAAAUCCGGUGACAAGCCACUGGAGCUCAAGGACACGCGAGUGAUUCAAAGCGCCGAGGCGCGGGCCACUGGCGCGGCGGCUGGUGUUCUUGGUGGGCCUGCACAGUACGCGACGCGUCUCUAUGAGAAUGCUGAGAAUGCUACACUGGGGGAAGCACUCCAGGACGUGAAAGCCCAUCUCCCGGCUGACAAAGUUGCGACUCCUCGCGACGCGACUCGGAUCGAGCAGGCCGAGCAGAGGAACGACCCAAUGGGUCGCGUGGAUCCGGCAGGAGUGGCGGCGGCAGUGAAAGAGGCGGCGGAUUAUAACGUGGAUAAAGGAUUCGUGGCGCCGGGGACGCCCGCCGGGGCUGGCGUGGGGGCUGGCCGGGGAGCGGGAAGGGUCUAGCAAGGGUUUAAGCAACCGGUUUUAUUAGAGGGACUCUUUUAGAUCAUUCUGUCAUAAAAUCCAUUUUAGGGCAAGGACCCUCGUGCAGCGCGCGCUCGUACGUC